AUGGACUUCACCCCAGUCAGCACGACCUACCUCAAGGCCAGGCCUGUCGACCCUUCUCACCAGGAGUCAGAAACGAUUGCCAAGGCUAAGCCGGCCAUUCAAAGUACCGAGAUCGACACUGUCGAGAUUGCUUUGGAGACCUUGAAGAGCCAACCGGACUACGACACUCUCAUAUCUGUCUUACAGUCUCUCGAUCAUGGGCGUAUCGCCAAGUCGGGCUUCAAGAUCUCAAAGCCAAAACCGGAGGCCGCACAGAUAAUCCAGUGCCUAGUUUCGGAAAUAAUCCCGAAUUACUGGCCUCUAUUGAAAGAGGAUGCCUCUACCUCGAGAGCUGCUCAAGGAACCGAUCUGGAGUUAUUAUUGAAAUCCCUCAGAAACGUCACCGGGCUCAACGCAGCAAUCACCCGGUUGAAAGCCUUGAUACAAGAGUCAAAUGCUGGUGCGAAAGAUGUGAAGAGGCCAGACCUAGCAAUCAACUUGAACGUCCUCAUUGAGGUCUGUUCGGCAGUGCUAGAAAGGGAUGAUUGCCUCGCUGCGCUUUGGGACGCGAGCAGCGCAGGUCUGGAUACCGUGGCCCAGCGCCGCCCGAUGGCUCACGAGUUCACCGCACUCAUAGCUGGGGGGCGGCUUGUGUCAGUUGCAGCUGAGGCAGACGUCCUCGCCAACCCGGACAGAGCUUCGAGGAACAGUCUCUGGGUUGCCGACGGACUGCAAUACAGCAAGUGGCUUGGAAGAAGCAUUGCAUACUGGGCAAAAUGUGAUAUCUCUUCCGAUGAUAUCAAGCUCUGUGCCGAAGUAUUUGCAAGGUCACUGCGCCUAGGGUAUUCAGAUGCAUUGAUGAGGCAGCUCAUCACGGAUAUGCUCCUUGGUCCAGGAGAGAAUCGCAACGCUUUCUUCAAACUAUUCGGUCAAUUCUCCCAAUUGGAACAGAAACGAACAAUUUUCGCGGUCCUGAAACACUUGUCUGAAGUCUUCCUUAACAAGCUUGAUGAUGAAGAGACCGCAGAGCCGAGCCAAAUCAUCUCUGCAGCUGCGGGUGUUGUGGACAGGUUGAUCGCAAACGGGGAGAGUCGGAAAACUCAUCUUGUUUCAUGGCUCACAAGCUCUACCGGCGCUGGUCUCGGAGAAGGCAUUGGGGUCAGACGUGCGGUUUUGGCUGCCUUGGCCCAAGAUAAAGAGUGCAUCAACCUAAUUCUCGAAAAGAGCAUCAACCAAUUUGGAGACCAGCUCUACAUCAAGCACUCUCCAAUUCUGCAGCAGCAGGCCCACGCCCAAGUCCUGCUUCUCAGUGCCGGAUACGUCAACAGGCUCUCGCCCCUGAAACUCAAAAUGAUCAUGCGGUCUGCCGCCUACCUUAAUACUGUCUCCAACAGAAUUGGCGCCUCUCAAGAGAAAGCCAGAUUCCUAGGCCUGGCGGUAGGCGAGGCACUCUCGAGUCUCAUUGAUGGAAGCGACAAAAAAUUGGAUUUCAAGAUGGAGGAGAUGGAGACCAACGAAGCCAAGUUCUACAAAGAUCUAGUCAAGGUAACAGAUCAGGUCGGCCCCAUCGACGUCCUCAUCACCAAGCCCUCAGCAGAAGAGAAGAGACAGCCACCGGCACCCAAACCAUCUCGACCAAAGCCAGCUCCGAAGCCGAAGAAGCAACCUGCCGCGCCCUCAAAGUUUAUCAUCCAAGAAGUGUCAGACUCGGAAAGCGAAGACGAAGAUCUUGUUCGCUAUGCCAAACCUGACUCCGACCCAGAAGACUCAGACGAGGACCCGACUCUUGUGCGCCGCGACAAACCCAAGGCUCCUGUUUACGUCCGCGACCUGCUCUCCUAUCUCCGCGAUACAGACAACUACGACAAGCAGAAGCUCGCCUUGACAACAGCUCCUACUUUGAUCCGGCGCAAAGCCAACUUUGGAACAGAGGUGACCGACCACGCCGAAGAACUCGCCACGCUGCUCGUAGGUCUGCAAGACAAGUUCGAGAUUGAGAAUUUCUGGGACCUCCGCUUGCAAGGUAUGAUGGCUGUCGUGGUAGCUCAACCAAAAAAGAUGGGACAGUGGUUUGCAAAGACGUUCUUUGAUGGCGACUACUCCGUCUCCCAGCGCGCCUCAGUUCUCAUCGUGCUCGGCCUUAGCGCCCGUGAGCUCGCCGGCUUCGAUGCCUCAGAGUACGCCGCCGCGGCAUCCUUUCCCUCCAAACGCCUCCCGGAGAAGAUGGAGGCACUCUACCUCGACCAGUCAACAUCCAAAAAGCUCCCCUCGUCGACCCUCAAGGCUCUUCCCUCCAACGCUCUCGACACCAUCGCCAACUCCCUAACUUCGGCCUUCAUGGCUCCCAUAGCAGCCAACGCAGCAGAUGCAACAACCGGCCCCGACGCCCUGAAACUCUCCACCUUCACCUCUCGCCUCCAAAACAAGACGUCCAAGAAGAAGACCGGCCUCCGAUCCAUUCCCAACACAACCGCCUCGGUGCUCAGCACAUCCUUCUUCUUCCCUCUGACCGCACGCUUCCAGCACGCCCUGCGCUCCCACUCCGCUCGCUCAGGCGUCUUCAUCCAGUCCCAUCUGCUCUCGCUCUACCUCAAGACGCUCGCCGUGCUCGUCCACUCGGCCGGUCCAGCGACACUCGCGCUCCCUCAGAUGACGGCCGAACUGUGGGAUCUGCUGCUCGGUGUGCGAGCUCAUGUUUCAGGGGACGUCCCGGGUACACACGCGCUACUGAUUGCGCUGGCUGCUAUGUUGGAAGUCAACGAGGCAACGGACAUGCGGCGACUUUGCGAGGCGCACCCGCGCGAGGUUGUCGAGACGCAGGAGUGGGUUAGUGGCAUCUUCAACAACACCCGUGGAGAGGAUGGCGGAGAGGAGAACGAUGUCAAGAUGCUUGCCGCUGCGGUACUCAUCAAGCUGCAAGAGGCAACGGAAAAGUAUCGCGCCCUGCUAUUGGGCGACAUGAUUGGAUUCCAAUAG